AUGGGCGAUGCGCCGGAAAAUGAGGAGGACGACUCAUCCCUCCAAGUCGUCGUCUUCGGCGCCCACCUGGUGCUGAUCGUGCUAGCCGGCGUGUUCGCGUUGGUCAACUUCUUGGCCUGUCUCUCGGCGAAAAGACGUCUCCGCCUUCAGCCCCACCCCUCGGCUCCCUCCUUCUGCUUCGCGUUGGCCCCCCUUCCGAUCCCAACUACCAGACUCGUGUACCCCAUCAAGCGCCACCUCGAGAUCGGCAACCGAAUAACCAGC